CUCAUCAUGGUGCAUGCCCCUCUCCUGGCACACAAGAACUUACCAACCAAUGGUCAUAUGGUGCUAAAUGUUGUCUUGCCCAGAAUUCCAUUGGGAGUGCAUGGACUAUGUAUUCCUUUGGAACCAUAAUGAACUAUGUCUGUGCCUUAACCUCAUCUCCAUUGGACAUCAGAUUUACAAACAUUAAUGCUACUCCAGAUACUCAUAACACCAUAACACCCUUUCCUGGAUGAGGAAAUACAGUAAUUAAGGCACUGGUCUUUUUUGCCAGAAGAGCAAGACCAAUCUGUUUCUUUAAUAGUACCCAUUCACCUUCCCCCCACCCCCACCCCCUCCAGUCCUAAGUAUCUCAUGUUGAACUCUGAUCUUCAUAUAUCACUUUAAAAUCUCAGUUUUCAGUAUACUAACUAUAAAUUAUCCAAUUUGCAUUACUUAUGCACUAAAAAAUACCCUACAGCAAGUGUACCUCUUGACUUUAGCAUUUACAAUGAUAAUUUGUCCCUCACCUGUAUGGGGUAGCCUCACCAAAGCCUUUAGAGACAACAAAUGUCCACUUAUGUACUCCAAAAACAUAUCUCCUGUGUUCUGUUUUACUUAAUGGUUAAUGGGAGUUUCAAAGGACAAUUUGUUUUGUCAUUCAGUACCACAUUGCUCUUGAUGAGCUUAACCCUAUCAUCAGCGAGCUCCUCAACUACCUAUUCUUACAUCUUGAAAUGAGGAACAGCUUCUCCAAGAAUCUUAAAUUCACCUGCAUAAUCCAUCUAACGUUGUACCUCACCAUUUGCUUUACCUGCAGCCUUGCAUUUUAUCCUACAUGUCAUCCAGUGUGAGACAUAUCCUGUGCAUACACCCAUUUCUCCAUGUUGCAGCCGUGCCAUGAGCGCCUUCAUCAUAGAUGUAGACAGCUGUGAAGGCAGCCAAACUAUGCAGCUUUUCUACAACAGUUUUGUGUUUUGUAAAAGUACCGUAGCCAUCAAUUGACAAUCUGUGACAGUUGAUUAGCACAGGUGUAAUAAUGCUGUUCUGCCCAUGCCACCUCCACGGUCCAUCCUGUAUACUAGCUGCUGUUAGAUGUGUAGCUGAAUACAGUCCUCAAGAAUCUAAUACAAUCUUGCAUCUAUUGACCAUCCCUCUUACACCGCACAAAACUAUGACUGUCCUUGUCAUCUUUCUGCAUCUGACAUCUUUAUGUUGCUUUCCCUGCAUCCUUACCUUUAGUGUGUAUUCCAUUCAUGCCCUUUUCUCUGUGUCUUUCUGUAUGUCUUGGUGUCAGAAAGUCUCUCAUUCAUGUGGACUUGCCCUGUGUCAUCAUCUGAUUAUGAGAGCUGUUCUGGAAAUCUUAUCCGUCUUUCCCUACUCAGUCGUGUCUUCGUAUCUUUCACUCUCUAGCUCCCUAGACCAAUAAUCACUCUUUAUUGAGAGGAUUGUGAUUGUUUUCAAUGACACACCAAUAACUCAGAGAAAUAAUACAUCUCUGAUAACAAAGUAGACAUCCCAGUGUGUGUGUGUGUGUGUGUGUGUGUGUGUUCAUACCCCCGUGCUUAUCUCCCGCUUAGUGCUUCAUCCUUAGGUUGAGUGUUGGUAUUUCCAUGUAAUCAAUGCAUAAAUUGUGUGCAGACACAUAUUACAGUUACUGAUAGCUGGAAGCUUUCUGUUAGUUAUUGCAUCUUGAUCAUUGUAUUUUGGUACAACCUGUUUUCAAAAAGUGUGCUGUUGUUCAUAAACCACUAAAAUCAGAAAAUUGGAGCAUCAACACUGUAUAGUCUUACCUUGUGUAUGAGAGACGGGAAAUGUGAUAGUAUACUUUUUAAUAAUUGAAAACGCUGUAAUAUGUGUUUUUCCUUCACCAUAUUGAAAUUGCCUUGAAGAAGGAAGUCAUAACUGAGAAUGGAAAAAAAAAUUGAUGUUCUUAAAUAGAGACUGGAAAUAAGAUUUAAAUUCAUCAAUAACGCUGCAUUAGUGAUUUCAAACAAUGGGAAAUCCUGGCUGGAAUAACUUUAGUGAUUUCUUUGACUAAAUAGUAUGAGCUAUUCUUCCUUCUUUGAGAGGUCAUCUUUCAUACAGUCAUGCUGUACUUCCGAGAAAGGAAAAGUAUCUUCUGUUUUUAAUCAUAUGUAUAGAAAUUGUUGCUUGUUGUGUCUCUUUGUUGGAUGCAGUUGUGUUUUUAAAGCUCGUAAUUGUACAUUUGUAAAAGUAAAGUGUCCAUAUGUACAAAAGAAUUGGAAAAUUGAAAUGUAAAAGAGCUCUUUCAAAGUCAGUGAUUCCUGUAUGCAGGAAAAACAGCAUAAAAUGCAAAAAAGCAGUGACAUUCGUAAAUUGUGUUUUUAUUAUUUCCAUAUUUUCUGUGACCUUAAAUCAGUUGCAGUCAUAUGUACUUUCGGACAUUUGACAAGUGAAAUUUGGUUUAUGAUUGGUGUACUAGCCUGGGCAUUAAUUUAAAGAUACUUGAUACAUAGUCAGUUUUUAUGUGUUCUGGAUUAUGCCUUUUUGUUUUUGUGGGAAAAGAGUAAUGUUCUUUUUUCCCAUAUCAGAUUUUCAUUUUCUCCCACUUUGUUGCUGUUUUGAGUUCUGCCUUUUUCCCUGGUAGCAGCCAAUGAGUGUGUGUAAUAAGAUUGAUAUUCAGUGUACUCUGCUUGGCUGAAUAAUUUUUUUCAUGAAUGAAGGAAGUUGCUUGUUUAAUUAUUUAAGUACUGUACUAGUGGAGUCUUCUAACACUGGUUGUUUUCACCUGAGUUAUAUUGUUUUAAUGUUUUCUUUUGUUAUUUAUAUGUAGUGAUAAAUCUACUCUGCGUAGAGGUUGAUGCAGGUAUGGUAAUUUGA